AUGUUUGGCCGCGAGAAAAAGUCCGAGAAGCCUCAGCUGCCCGAGCGCGCCUCGACGGAGGACAUUUCCGUGGCGGGCGUCGCGCCCGCCCAUGGCGAUGCCAACGCCUUCUCCGAGGGCGGCAAGAACUAUCGCAACAUGGGCCGCGGCAGCACCGCCCUCGUCCUCAUCACCAACCAGGUCGGCAUGGGCAUCCUCUCCCUGCCCGCCCAGCUGCAGGUCCUCGGCAUCGUCCCCGGCGUCAUCACCAUUGUCGGCCUCGGCCUGCUCUCCACCUACACCGCCUACGAGCUGCUGCAGUUCUACCGCCGGUACCCCCACGUCGUCAACGUCGUCGACAUGGCCAAGGUCGUCGGCGGCACGCCCCUCGAGAUCGUCGUCGCCAUCGGCAUGAUGAUCAAGCUCUGCCUCUCCUGCGCCAGCGCCACCGUCACCCUCUCCGUCGCCUUCAACAGCAUCUCCGACCACGCCAUCUGCACCGUCGGCUGGAUCGGUAUCUCCGCCAUCGUCUGCUGGCUCCUCUGCCUCCCGCGCCAGUUCAAGUUCGUCGCCCACAUUGGCAUCCCCUCCACCAUCAGCAUCUUUGCCGCCAUCAUGAUCGUCAUCAUCUCUCUCGGCGUUGCCGAUCCCAAAGGCGUGCCCCCCGAGGGUUGGGAGAAGGAGGUCAAGGUGGUGGGCAACCCGACUUUCAGGGAGGGCCUCAGCUCCUGUCUGCAGAUCUGCUAUGCCUAUGCCGGUAACAUUGGCUUCGUCUCGUACAUGGCGGAGAUGAAGGACCCCUCCCGCGACUUUGUCUGGGGCCUCGCCGCUCUCCAGGCCUUCUCCAUCCCUCUGUACCUCCUGGUUGCCGUUGCCAUCUACUGCCUCUCCGGCCAGUACGUCGCCUCGCCGGCCCUCGGAUCCGCGCCGCAGAUCCCCGCCAAGAUCGCCUACGGCAUCGUCCUGCCUGCGCUGUUCGGCACCGGUCUCGUCUUUGGCCACACCGCCGUCAAGUUCCUGUACGUCGUCGGCAUGCGCGCCCUCAAGAGCACUCACCAGAUGACCGACAACUCGGCCAAGUCGUGGAGCGUCUGGGUCGGCUCCGCCACCGCCUUCUGGAUCGUCGCCUUUGUCAUCGCCAACGCCGUCCCCAUCUUUGACUCCAUCCUGUCCAUCUCGUCCGCCACCUUUAUCGCCUGGUUCACCUUUGGCAUCUCGGCCGUCUUUUGGUUCUUUCUCAACAAGGGUCGCUACUUAAGCACCCCGACUAAGAUCGCCCUCUCCGUUGUCAACGCCUUGAUCAUCUGCCAGGCCCUCUUUAUGAACGGCGCCGGUCUUUGGACGGCCAUUAAGGGCCUGCUGGAGAUCUUUAACGGGGACGGUGACAUUGACGGGUCCUUUACCUGCGCGGACAACUCCAUUUUCUAG